UUCCCUGAUUAUUUUUUUUCCAUUUCUCAGAAAAUUAUUUGCAAGCUCUCAUAUUUGCCUUCUCCAACUAAGACUUUUUAGACUUACCAUAACAAAGUCUCAAUUUUGCUGUACUAAUUUAAUGUCUCUAUCCUGCAAGAUAAUGCGUUCUUCUUCUUAUAAAUACACAAUAGCUUUGUUGUAGUAUCCAUUAUUUUCUUCAAUACUAGAGAAAUUGGAGAGGAAUUCAGAUUCAAGAGUAAGCAAAACGAUGCAAAGUUCAAACUUGAACAUCAUGAACAGAAAUCAGCAGAGCACCAAGCAUUGCAGCAGCAGUGCGAGAGGCUCCUCUUCAAAACUCAAAGGCGUAAUUUCUCUUAAAAGCGGCAAGUGGGGUGCACGAAUCGCAUUCAAAUACAAGGCUCACUGGCUGGGAACUUAUGAUCUGGAGGAAGAGGCAGCAAUGGCUUAUGACAGAGCAGCCAUCAAGCUUCAGAGAAGUGAUGCUCCACUCAACUUCCCAAUGACAAUUUACUCAGUUCAGGAGACCAAAUUCCAGAGCCGCUACUCAAAUGAAAGUAUUCUUGAUAUGAUCAAGAGCAAAACAUACAUGUCCAAAUUUACAAGUUACCUCGCUGAUCAAUCUCUGAUGAGGGAACAUGCUGCAAGAAAUCAAGCAAAUCAGCAGCACGGGAUCUCAUAUCAAAUGCUGUUCCGAAAGGAAUUGACACAAACUGAUGUUACUCACAUCAAGGGAUUUCACAUCCCUAAGGAAUAUGCAAUGCAGUAUUUUCCUCCACUGGCUGGUGUGAGCUCAGCUGGUGGAGGAGAUGAAAAUGGAAGCAAGUCGAUUGAAUUAACGUUCUUCGACAGGCACUGUCGUCCAUGGACUUUUCGGUAUUCUUACUGGAAAAGUACUCAGACGUUUGUGUUUACGAAAGGCUGGAAACAUUUUCUCAGGAUGAAUAACCUGAAGCCAAAAGACUGUGUCUUUUUUUAUAGAUGUGAGUAUCAAAGGGAGACUCAAAAAAGAGUUUUUUACAUGAUAGAUGCUCAAUGUAGCAGUGUGGAAACUGAUGCUGUUACAGGGAAUUUAGACAAGGAAAGAAAUGCAAAGAAAAGAUCAAACAAUGAAGUUGAUGCUGAAGACAUUGAAGAACAGGAGACAGACGAUGGAGUUAAGCUUUUUGGUGUCCAAAUUAGCAAAAAAAAAAAGACCAAAUUAUAAGCUCUUUCUCUGAGAUGUUUCAGUGGGUAAGAAUGCUUGCUAUUGUUGUAGCUGUUUCUUGAGUUUUGGUUUGGCUUUUAGUGGGUUUUUCAUGGUUUGAACAGUAUGAUUCAGUAUGAAAACUUUCAAUUUUAUGUUUC